GGAGGAGGAGGAGGAAAUGACUGGGGUAACCUUGAAGGAGAGACGAGAAGGAAGAGAAGGAGCGAAGAAGGAUUCAGUUGGCUGCCAGAUUCCUAUCCUACAGGAGUGAAGAAAUAGCAUGGGAGCAGAGCGUGCGUUGCUCCUGCUGUCGGCAGCGCUGGUGGGAGCUGCUACUGCUGCUCCUGUCCCCCUACCGGCUGUUUUCGGGACUACCAAUGAACUAGUGAAGACCAACAUUAUCCCCUUGAGAGAGACACUGUUCCGCCUCGACUCGGUCCUCAGGCGACCCAACGACUACAAUGAAGUGAUAGAAGAGUCUGGGGAGGAGGACGACCAGCUCUCCAGGGUUCUUUAUGAGCUGCAAAACAACCCUCCAGAUGGCAGCACUGGACAAAUAACUGAUAUCUUGACUAGUCUUGCAAGCGAGGACUCACUCUUGAAGCGUCUUCCUCGUGAAGCCAAACGGGGAAGAGGACAAAGCAGAGAGCGGCGGCCUAAGAGCAAGGAGAGGAGAUGCAGACGAAGAGGAUCCAAGAGCAGAGAAAGAGGCAGGAGACCAAGCAGGGAGAGGAGACCUGGCCCACGAAGCAGGGAGAGGAGACCAAGACCAAGCAGGGAGAGAUGUGAGGAGGAAACGACCACUACGUCCUCCACCACCACGACCACGACGACUCCAACGACUACCACGACACCUACCACCACCACUACCACCACCACCUCCACCACAACCACGACCCCAACUACUACUACUACUACUACUACUACUCCAACCACCACCACGACCCCCACUCCGUCUACAACCACCGCCGCCUCCACGACUACCACCACCACUCCAGCCCCCUCUUCCUCUUCCUCUUCCACCACCAGCACCACCACCACUUCCCCUACUACAACUACUACUACAACUACCACCACCCCAGCCACUACAACUUCAAGUACUACUACCACAGCUUCUAGUUAAGCUGUAAAAUUGCGAUGAUUCAAUAACAAUAAUAAUAACAAGAACAACAACUACUACUACUACUAUUACUACUACUGCUACCACUACUACUACUACUACAACAAACAGACAUGCUUCUGCAGUAUUUUAAUAUUAACAACAACAACAACAACAACAACAACAACAAACUGACUUCCAGCCGGUAACGGGUUUUGAUCAUCAAUAUACACUAAAAAAAAAAAAAAAGGAGAGAGAGAGAGAGAGAGAGAGAGAGAGAGAGAGAGAGAGAGAGAGAGAGAGAGAGAACGAGAGAGAACGAGAGAGAGAGAGAAAGCAAGUACACCAGCUCCUUUUUACUUAAUAUACAUGUAGAUAAAGUAUCAACAACUAACAACAACCUGAAGACCUGAAAGUGUGUGUGUGUGUGUGUGUGUGUGUGUGUGUGUGUGUGUGUGUGUGUGUGUGUGUGUGUGUGUGUGUGUGUGUGUGUGUGUGUGUGUGUGGAGGCGACAAUAGUGAGUACGUAACAGAAGACUUAACACCAAAAGAUAAUCCCACACUCUGCUAACUAAAAUCCCACACAACUCCUUACGAAUUCAGCAACUUGACUCAGCCUGACUCAGCUUAUCUGUGUCUGAGAGUGUGUUUAUGUGUCUAUGUUUACAACAAGGCGCUCUGCGCUCCUAUUCAGA